AUGGACCAAAUCUCAGAUACACACGGUAAAUCUUCGUCGAGCAUACAUGCCGACGAGAAGGCAGACCCAACAUGGAUACAAGCCCUUUCUAUUGAGAAAGGUGGUAUUGAGCGUGUUACGCCUGACCAACGACAGGAAAAUGUAACACAUUUUUGGAACGCUUGCACUUUCUGGUUGAGUGCGAACAUGGCUGUGGCAACGCUUACCACUGGAGCCCUUGGAGGGCCCAUGGGCCUCAAGUUCUGGGAUAGCUUCGUCGUUAUUCUCGUCGUUAACCUCGUUAGCGACCUUCUUCCGGCAUGGACUGCGGCCUUCGGGCUAACAGGGCUCCGCAUGACAACCUUCUCACGAUAUUCAUUUGGCUACUGGGGCAAUCUCCUCGUGGUCGUCUUCUCCAUGGUCGCCACCACAGGCUGGAACGCAAUCAACUCCAUCUCAGGCGCCGCUGUGCUAAACGCUCUCUCCGACGGACGAUGUCCCACCUGGGCCGGAGUAAUCAUCAUCUGCACAGUAGUCUGGAUAUUCUGUGUUCUGGGAAUUAGCUGGAUCCACAAAAUCGAUACAUUCAUCUGGAUCCCCCCGCUGAUAGUCUGGUGCGUAACGGCCGGCACAGGGGCUUCGCAUUUCAGCAGUACCGAGCCCAAGGAAUUCAAAACUAGCCAGGACAGAGCUGCUGCUAUACUAUCCUUCAUGGCUAUCAUCUUCUCCUUUUCUGUUUCAUGGGUCAAUUGCGCCGCGGAUUACAACGUUCGUAUGCCGAUCAACACCUCCCGGACGAGGAUAUUCGGGGCCACAUACAUCGGUAUCUUCAUUCCCUCGGUGCUUAUUCAGACUCUAGGUGCCGCGUUAUACAGCGGAACUAUACAACACCCAGAAUGGAAAGCCGCAUAUACAAGUGCAGGUGUAGGCGGGUUGCUAAAAAUGGCUCUCGAGCCUGCUGGUGGAUUUGGGAAGUUCCUGAUGGUUCUGGCCGCGUUGAGCUCUAUCCCGAACAAUAUCCCAAACAACUAUUCCUUCGCCCUACAUGCUCAGAAUUUCGGUCCCUGGGCUCUCCGCAUCCCCCGCAUCGCCCUCGUCACGUUCGGCUUCAUUGUCUCUCUAGUGGUAGGCUGUUGCGCAGCCCAGUAUUUCAAAGAUACACUACAGACCUUCCUAAGUGUCAUCGGCUAUUGGACGGUGAUCCACAUCGUCCUCGUCGCAGAGGAACACCUCGUCUUCCGUCGCGGAUGGCAGGGCUACGACCUUGAUGCUUGGGAUGACCCCAAGAAAAUACAUUUCGGGUGGUCAGCUAUCGGGGCCUUCGGCGCCGGUUUCGUGGGCGCUGCACUCGGGAUGAAGGUAGCGUGGUAUGUUGGGCCCAUUGCUGGGUUGAUUGGGGAGGGGGCGAAUGUGGGACAUGAAUUGACGGGGGCGUUUUCAGGGAUUGCUUUUCUGGUGUUGCGAUGGGCUGAGAGACGCAUUUGUGGGAUUUGA